AUGAAUAAAAUUAUAAUAUUCUUAACAACUUUAACACUUCUAUUCAAUUUACCAAAUGGUAUACAAUAUAAUCAACAAUAUCAAAGAAAAUAUCAAGAAGAAAAACCGAAUCAUAAAUUGAAAAGGAUUUAUUUAAUGAAUAAAACAUUUCAAAUAUCUUCAUUAAAACAACAAUAUUUAUAUGAUGUACAACCAAAAAUGUCUAAUGUCCAUUUGAAUGAAUCAGAUGAAAUGAAAAAUGCUACUAAAGAUGUAAUUAAUUUAAUUACAGGACAUGAUAAUAAUAAUAAUAAUGAUCAUGAUUAUGAUGAAACUGGCUUAAUAGAAGAUGAAGAAGAAGAAGAUAUGGAGUUAAUUGAUGAAUUGAAAGAGUAUAUGCCAAAUGUAUGCUUCGAAACUAAUCCUAAACCAAGACAAUAUCGUCAACGUAUACAAAUCCCUUAUACAAAAUUAACACGUGUUUGGGAACCAAAUUGUGAAACUGAAGGUAACUGGUGUAUCAAAUAUAAAGAACAAACUCAUUAUGCUGUUCAUUAUAAAACAGUUUUUAAAACUGCACCUAUAAAACAAUUUCGCUGCUGUCCUGGUUUCAUUCGUCAACCUGGAUAUGAAGGUUGUGUUCCGGUAGCUAGUGACUGUAAUGAAUUAAAUAAUUAUUGUCAAAACGACUGUGGUCAAGUUCCUGGCUCAAAAAAUUGUAGAUGUCCACCAGGUUAUUUUCUUGCUCCAGACAAACGAAGAUGCCUUGAUAUAGAUGAAUGUAAAUAUGAUCGAGGAGGUUGUAUGUAUUUUUGUGAAAAUCUUCCUGGAGGUUAUCGAUGUGCUUGCCCUUCGGAUAUGGUUUUAGCACCUGAUAAGAUUUCUUGCAUACCAUUUUUCAAUCCAUGUGAACAUCCUCCUAAUGGUGAUUGUGAACAUAUUUGUACAAGUUUACCAGGUUACAGAUAUAUGUGUUCAUGUAAACCUGGUUAUCAUUUAGCUGAAAAUAAAAAACGAUGCUUACCUGACAACCCUUGUCAAAUCAAUAAUGGAGGCUGUCAACAUGAGUGUCAUAAUGUGAACGGUGUAGUUCAUUGUAGUUGUCACGAUGGUUACCAAUUAGUCUCUCAUGAUUCAAAAAAAUGCACCGAUAUUAAUGAAUGUAGCAUAAACAAUGGAGGUUGUCAACAGCUGUGCAGAAAUGUCGAUGGUUCUUACAGCUGUGAUUGUAAUCCUGGUUGGCAAAUAGGAAAUGAUGGGAAAUCUUGUUAUCGUGUUGUCUUAGAAGUAAGCGACCCAUGUCGAUUUGACAAUGGUGGAUGUACACAUAUUUGUUCAAGAACAGAUUCUGGAACAGCAGAAUGUUCAUGUAGUCCAGGCUAUGACUUGCAAGCUGAUGGUCGAACUUGUUCAGAUCGUGAUGAAUGUGUAAUUGGUGAAGCUAAGUGUUACGGUCAAGCUGUGAUUUGCAUUAACGAACCAGGAACGUACCGUUGUGAAUGUCAAACAGGAUUUCGUAUCAGCCCAGAUGGACAUUCAUGUCAAGAUAUUGAUGAAUGUUUGGAUGACAAUGGUGGAUGCGAAUUUCAAUGUGUGAAUACAAUAGGUAGUCAUAGGUGUUUGUGUGAUUUUGGUGAUGAAUUAAACCCAGAUGGAAGAACAUGCUCACGUUCGUCCAGUUAUGUACGAGAUGAUUCUAGUACGUUAUUCACCCCGACUAAACAAAAUCGUAAACAGUUGAAUAUGAAGCCAACACAACGAGUUGUCAUAGGUGAUGUCCAUCAGUUUUCGAAAAUACGGACAUCAUUUGAUUCAAGAGGUAAUUUAUGUUUACCUGGACGAUUUGGACAUGAUUGUAGUUUAACAUGUUCACAUUGUGAAAAUGGUGGUCGAUGUAAUCGAGAUUUAACUGGAUGUGAAUGCCCAUCUGGUUAUAAAGGAAUUAUCUGUGAAGAACAAUGUCCAAAGGGACUAUGGGGUGUGGACUGCAGACAGUACUGUGAUUGUGCAAAUGACGUUGACUGUGAUUCCGUAACUGGGGUUUGUCAAUGUCCUUUAGGUCGUCAUGGUACAAGAUGUGAACUAUCCGGAUGCCAAGCAGGGUUUUGGGGACCUCAGUGUGAUCGUCUAUGCCCAAAUCAUUGUGCAACAAAUCAAUGUGAUCGUGAAAAAGGUCAUUGUACAUGCUCACCAGGAAUGUAUGGGUCGCAUUGUCACUUAAGUUGUCCGGAAAAUACAUGGGGCGAAUUGUGUAGUCUGAAAUGUCCAGCUGAAUGUUCAGAAAGUAGACGACAUACAAAGGGUUGUGAUCCUCAAACCGGUGAGUGUAUAUGUAAGCCUGGCUAUCAACCGCCUGACUGUAUUCUACCAUGCCCGUCGUCAUAUUUUGGUUUCAAUUGUAAAAUGACAUGCUUUGAUUGUCAAAACGGCUGUGAUCCAGUGACUGGACGAUGUCUAGUUGAAUGUCCACCUGGUAAACAUGGAUUAACGUGUGAACAAGACUGUCCCCCAGGGUAUUGGGGCAAAAAAUGCUCUCGACAUUGUCGAUGUGGUUAUGACGAAAAAGGGAAUCUCAGGACAUGUGAUCCAACGAGUGGUACAUGCUCAUGUAAAGCAGGUUAUCGAGGAAAGAACUGUGAUGAACCCUGUGAAAUUGGUACUUACGGUCCAAAUUGUCGAUUGAAAUGUCAAUGUGGGAUAAUUAAUAUGGGAUGUGAUCCGGUUACUGGUUUAUGUCAAUGUCCGAAUGGAAUUGUAGGACAUAAAUGUAGUAUGCAAAAUGACAUUUAUUCACCAGAUGAUGAACCAUCUUGUCCACCGGGUAGAUGGGGUAAAUCUUGUACAGAAAUAUGUGAUUGUGAAAAUAGUGUUGAAUGUCAUAAAAAUACUGGAUUAUGUAUUUGUUUCCCUGGCUUCAUUGGUGAUAAAUGUGAUCAAAAAUGUGAAAAAGGGAAAUAUGGACUUAAUUGUACAGAAACAUGUGCUUGUGUACACGGUACUUGUGAUCAUCGUUCCGGAGCAUGUGAAUGUGAACCUGGUUGGAGAAAUAUGCUGUGUAAUAAACCAUGUGCACCAGGAUUUUAUGGUUCUGAUUGCCAACAUAGAUGUUUAUGUACAAAUGGUGCUGAAUGUGAUCCUGUUACCGGUAACUGUGAAUGUAAUGAAGGUUGGUAUGGACCAGCAUGUGACCAACCUUGCUCUGAAGGAACAUACGGUAAAAACUGUGUCAAGAAAUGCAACUGCGCAGAUGUUCCAGGUGUAAGCUGUGAUAAAGUCACAGGAAGAUGUAUUUGCCCACCAGGACGUACCGGUAACAAGUGUUCUGAAUUAUGUCCUAGUGGAUUUUGGGGGGAAGAGUGUUCGAGAACUUGUGCGUGCCUACGUGGAGCUACGUGUGAUCCCAUAACUGGCAAGUGUCGUUGCAGUUCAGGUUGGUAUGGUGAAGCUUGUGAGUUGCCAUGCCCAAGUGGCCACUGGGGCGAAAGCUGUUCUGUUCCAUGUCAGUGUUCAGCAAAUACUCGGAACCCAGAAGGAGGUGAAUGUGACCGGUUUACUGGAGAGUGUCGAUGCCCACAAGGUUUUACUGGACCAAGGUGUCAAGAUAAGUGCCCACCUGGGCGUUACGGAUCAGAUUGUAAACUGAGUUGUCCAUGUCAAAAACCGGGUUCUAGAUGUGAUCCUGUGACUGGAGCUUGUGAAUGUCCACCUGGUUGGUUCGGAGAAACUUGUGAAAGACCAUGUUUAUUGGGAUUCUAUGGAACAAACUGUAAGCAAAGGUGUUCUUGUCCAUCUGGUCAACCAUGUCAUCAUGAAACAGGUCUGUGUAGUUGUCCAGCAGGAAAGUAUGGACCACAAUGUGAAGAUACAUGUCCAGAAGGACGUUGGGGUGAGGACUGUCAACAUAUAUGUGACUGUCAUUUGAAGAGUAAUAAUAUGUUAUGUGAUCCAAUCCAUGGAAUUUGUUAUUGUCGACCAGGAUGGCUAGGUCCCAAUUGCAUAAGCAGAUGUCCAGCUGGAUAUUUUGGUAUAAACUGUCAACAUGAGUGUAAAUGUGAAAAUAAUGGAGUGUGUCAUCCUGACAAUGGAACAUGUAUUUGUCAAGCUGGGUAUUAUGGUGAACGUUGUCAACUCAAUUGUCCUCCUGGUUUUUAUGGUUUACAGUGUAAACAAAAAUGUGGAUGUAUUCAUGGUGAAGCAUGUAAUGAAGUAACUGGUGAAUGUUACUGUUCAGCUGGUUACCAUGGGAAAAAAUGUGAACAAACUUGUCUUCCUGGUACAUAUGGACCACAAUGUUCAUUAAUUUGUCCUGUAUGUCAUACUCGAAUUGCAGAUUCAAAUACACUGGAUAGUUUAUUACUUUCAGAUAUCUCAUCAAUCCCAGAUAAUGCAUUUCAUUCAUCACAAUAUCAUUCAGAAGAAGUAAUGAAAAAUACUAAAGUAGCUAUAUUGAGACGUUUAAAUCAGAAUCAACAUAAUCCUACUUGCCAUCCUCAAACUGGACAAUGUCCAUGUCCACCAGGUUCGGAAGGUAAAGAUUGUAGUACACCAUGUCCGAAAGAUCGGUUUGGACCUGACUGUGCUCAGGUAUGUACAUGUCAAAAUGGAGCAACAUGUUCCUCUAUCACUGGCACAUGCAAUUGUCGACCAGGAUUUUAUGGACCAUUAUGUCAACACAUAUGUCCACCUGGAAGAUGGGGAGUGGGAUGUGCUUCUGUGUGUGAUUGUUAUAAUUCACAACCAUUUGGUUGUGAUCCUAAAACCGGGAGAUGUAGAUGUAAACCAGGUUAUACUGGUGAACGUUGUGAAGAAGUUUGUCCUCGUGGUUAUUUUGGGGAAAUGUGUGCACAAGCUUGUCAACAUUGUGAAGAGUGUCAUUUCGAAACUGGACAGUGUCUAUGCCCUUUGGGACAUUAUGGAGAAACAUGCGGCAGUAUAUGUCCACGCGGUCAAUAUGGGGUUAGUUGUUCCAAACUUUGCUCAUGUCAAAACAAUGCAAUCUGUUCAGCUAAUAUUGGGAGCUGUAAUUGUUUGCCUGGAUUUAUUGGACCUGACUGUUCAAUAAACAGUGAAAUGAAUUAUAUAAAUGAACAAUCAACAUUAAGUAUGAAAAUGAAUAAAUAA